AUGAGAUCAUUUACAAGCUGUCAAGCUGUGGACAUGGACCGCUUGUUUGGGUUUUCUUUUUUGCUCGCCUACCUGUCAGUAAUAGAAAGCACGGGAAAAAACAGUUGCACUGUAUCACAACCAGGCGAAGUACUUUGGAAGAAAAUAGGAGACACUGUUGAUCUCUCUUGUAACGUCAGUUCAAACUGUCCUGGCCUGCGUUACGAGUGGUUUGUUUUCAAAGAAAAAGAGCAUCUUCGUCUGGACGUGGAGAGCAAUCAUCCCAAGUACAGCCUGAAGGGAGCAUCUUUACACAUCAAUUCACUUAACAUUAAUGACAGAGGGAUCUAUCACUGUGCUGCAGUGUUGAAAGGAAAACCAGCACCAGGCGCACAGCAUAUAGGGAUGGGUACACGUCUUGAAGUAAAGGAGGUCUUAAAAACCUUUCUCCUGGGGAUAUCAUUUGUCAUGUUGUCUGUCUACAGCUUGGCAAUAGUGACCCUUAUCAUUCUAAAGAAGUAUGGCUGUACUAUAUGCUCGGGCAAAAGGAUGCGCACACCUGACAAGAAUAACUCAAUUAGAAAAAAACAAUUCCACCACGUGCUUCAAGAAAUGUACAGCAAAAGGAACGAGGAGAGAGACAAACCAACUGUUAGCAGAAACAGCCCCCGUGUUGAGGCUGCACAUGCUGACUUCACAAGCUCAACUGAUGACAUCUAUCAAAAUACAGUUUAAAAAAUCUUCAUCCUGAACGAGAGGAAACUCCAAAGUCAUGAAACACCCGACUGAGGACAAUGGAAUCUUUACUUUUGUGACUAAAGACUCAAUGAAGGCUGGAAAUUAGUUGUGUGCUUACUCACCUUUUCUCAUUAAGCUUGACAGACAUAUAAACCACAACAAAAGGUCCUGACUCUGUCACAGUUCCUUUUCUCUCUUUGGUUUUUAGGUUUCAAUAUUAGUAUUACCAGCAUUAAAUAGGCAGCUCUCCCUUAUAGCAUUUGCAGUCCAAUCUACAAUCUGUGUAUGGUAAUAAGUACCUGUUCAAAAUCAAGUCAAUAUUGUCCUGAAAUGUUUGAAACUCAGGAUUUUGUGGCAGAAUUUGGUAAUAUAUCACCAUUAUCUAAUUAUUAUUCCAACUUUGGGUUAGAAAAGGUGUGACCUGUGUAAAGGGUCUCUAGAAAUAAAACUGACUCUCCUCAAAUGCAAAACAACUGCACCACCAUCACAUAAAUGCUGGCUGGAAACAUGAUGGCACUCUUCAAACCUGGAUAGCUAAAGCAUACUGUACUACUCUUGGCUCAACCAGAAUGUUUAUAACAUCAGGAACCUUGCUCAAUUUUGGAAUUGAAGAAAAUUCAACAUAAAUGUGUACAAUUUUAUAGCAUCCAGUUCCAUCCCUCACUGUAUUUUCCAUCUUGUCGUCUACUUGUUUUGAAAUGAAGUGUGUGGGACAGCUGUAAAAAUUAAUUUCUGUUGUGUGAAACAAUUUGAUAUAUUAGGAAAACACCAUUAACAUACAUGUAUUAGAAUAACGAUUAUUUAUUGACACAAUACUUUCUUCACAUAUAAGGAAACAAAAUACUUGUAAAGGUGUAAAACUGGAAUCAUACUUAUAAUGCAAAUGUGUAGAAACAUUUUUAAUUAACAACAAUCUGAACCAAACUCAAAGAUUUAUAUUCAGAUAUAAUUUCACCGUAAGAGAGUUGAUCAUUAUAAAUGGUGUAAUGACAAAAACGCCACAUUACAGGUGACUAUACAUAUCAUACAGCACAUAAUACAACUCAAGUUAAAUUAAGACAUGAGGUGUCUUCUUGGUCUUAGAAUUGCUUUUGCUCAGAAAAUCAUCAACCUUUACAAAACUUACAGUAAGGCACUCUGUAAAGAAAAGAGUAAACUUGACACGUAUUUUACAUUCUGUAGAAUAACUAAUGCAUAUUUUUGUUUCCCAGCGAGUUAAGAAUUUACAUUUACAUUACUUAAAUGUUAAAGUGGAUGUUUAUGAGUGUAUGUGCAUUUUUAAUAAAUAAAUGUAUGACUUGAAAUUUGGCUGACUCAACUGUAUUUGAAAAAUCUUUGUUCAAAUUCAGUUCAGUUAUUGUGUAUUAUUCCCUUUCCAUUCAUCUCCCUCAUGGCUUUCUACUGUAAACCCUGUUAAAUGGUGUGUGAGACAGAGUUUGAUUUAAAACAUUUUAAAGACCAGUGUGUAAGAUUUAGUGGCAUGUAUUGGCUGAAAUAUUAUCAUAAAUUGAAUGUUAUAUUCACAAGUAUGUUUUAAUUGGUGUAUCAUCACCUGAAAAUAAGAAUUGUAGUGCAGUUUCAGUUACCUUAGAAUGAGUUCUUUAUAUCUUUAUAGGGAGUGAGUCCUCUUCCACAGAGACUACUAUGCUGCACCACCAUGCUUCUACAGUAGCCCAGAAUGAACAAACUAAACACUGGUUCUAGAGGGCCUUUUGAGUUUUUCACAAGUUUUGUGGCCACGAUAGAUUCUCCUACACUAGAGGUGUCCAAAUUAUUCCAUAAAGGGCCAUGUGGCUGCAAAUUUUCAUUUCAACCAAGCAGGAGCAAACCGGGGUUGACUCAUUUAAUCAACCGAUCUCAGUCUUUAGACAUUUGAUUGGUUGAAUCGUGUACUCUUGAUUGGUUGGAACGGAAACCUGCAGGCACACAGCCCUUUAUGGAAUAGUUUGGCUGUGCCUGCCCUACACACUUGAAAGAAGAGGGUGAUGGGUAUACAGUUGGUUGUAAUAUGCAACCUAACCACUAGAUGCCACUAAGUGCCAUUUAACAAACCUUGGGCACAUCACACCAUAUUCACAGCUUGUAAACAUGAGAUUUCUAAUAUGAGAUCAUUUCCUGUUA